GCAAGCCGACAGCACAAAGAAGAUGUUCAUCGCGCUCGGCUCGGUACAGAUUGCUAUCUGCGCGCUUACAAUCCCGCUAUGUAAGUUCCACUCUCUUCGCCUCUCAGCUCUUGGCCUUACUUCUUUGUAUUUGGAUCGGCGGCCUGGUUCAUUGGGAGGAUUGCUUAGGAUGAGUGUAGAGAUCAGAGCUAACAACGAUUAGAUAUCCUUGGCAAGAAGAAC